AUCAGAUACCUGUACAAUGCAAGCGCCUGAGUGACUGUCGGCUGUGUUUGAUGUAAAAUGUCGCUAGAAAAACAAAGGACGACCUGGGAUGAAAAAGAGCGACUGUGUGCCGUGCGGCUAGUGAUUGAACAGUACGACGUGUUAUACGGAGGAUUUGCCGACGGAAUCACAUUCAAAGAAAAGUCGGCCGCCUGGAAUAAGGUGGCCGAUGACUUGAAUGCAUCAAGCAAUGUAAAGCGGACACCUGCAGAGGUUAAGAAAUUGUUCCAGAAUGUGAAAAGUAGAGCCAAGAAAAAGUAUAACGAAAACAUGGCCACUGGUGGCGGUCCAGUUGGCAAGAUAACACUGGCAGAGGAAAUUGUCCUUGAAUUUCUGAAGGACAAGCCCCAACUCAUAGGGAUCCCAGGCGGGAUAGAAUCUGGAGUGAUAGAGCCUGUGGAAGAUGCUGCCAGUGUUGCAGAUUUGGUUGUGCAACAAGCCCCAAUGACAGAGAGUAAGCACAUCAGCACGCAUCAAGAAACAGUGUCAGUUCAUGCCAUUGAACAUCCAAGUGUGUCCCAUGAACACCCAGAUGAACCCAGAGUGAUGCAGACAAAUACAAAGAAACGUCGUAGGAAGUGCAUGGAUAGGAUUGAGCUCACCGAGGAGCUUCAUGACCUUGAAGUUUGCAGAGCAAGAAAGGAGAUUGAACUUUUAGAUUUAAAAAUAGCUCAACAACGUGAACUUUUCCAAUUGAAAAAAUCUGUUCUGGAGAAUGCCAUGCGAAAUGCUAACAUGGAUUUCAACAUUACUUUUCCAGGAUUAGGAAAUGAAAGUUACAAUUUUUCAUAAGAUCUCUUUUUGAAUGCAGUAUAAAUUGUUAAAGCUGCACUCUCACACAUUUACCAUUUUUACAACUUUUUCAUGUUUUGUCUUUAAUUAUAUCAUACAUUUCAAUAUUUCUGUUCGAAAAUUAAUAUUUCAUGGCUUAAAUGCAUAAAAUAUCAAUUUUUGCACUUGAUUAUAAAAAUAUGGGAACUAAUUUUUGUCAUGAAUCUCACAUAACUGGUUCCCUUGGAUUUUCACAAAAAUUGGCUCGUUCCAAGAUAAAAAAUAAAAAAAACUUGUUCAAACUGUGACAGUGCAGCUUUAAAGAUCCACUCUUACUCCUAGAUAAUAUUUACCACACUCCAUGAUAUUGUUUUAAUAUUCCAAAAAGGAUGAAUAGAUGUCUAAAAUAAUUUAUUUAAUGAAAGAUACUGAGUUUAAUUUGAAAGAAAUGAAACAUUUAACAAGCUACUCAUUUGUUCUUCAACAUAUACAACAUGUGUUAUUGAGAUGGAAAUUAUCCUUUAUUAUUAAGUAUGUAGAAGUAUUUUCUCUGAUGAUGUAUCUAAAAUCAUUUUCAUUUAACAAGUUAUUUCUUCAUACUAAGACUUAAGUAGACCAUAGUAAAUAUUUUAGCAUUCACCAAUCAUUUACCGUAAUAUCAAUUUGAGCUACUCAUUUGUUCUUCAACAUAUACAACAUGUGUUAUUGAGAUGGAAAUUAUCCUUUAUUAUUAAGUAUCUAGAAGUAUUUUCUCUGAUGAUGUAUCUAAAAUCAUUUUGAUGGAAAGUAUUUACAAUCAAAAAAUCUUAUUUGUGUAAUAGGAAUAAGUCUACAUUUAUUGAUUAAAUUGUAAUACAUUUAUUGUUUCAACUUGAAUGUCUAGGUUAUUUUAGUCAUUGGUAUUAUAUGGGGUAUUACUGUUGAUAUAUCAUAUCUUACAAUA